AUGACAAAAGCGAUACUGAAGUUAUUAAAUAUACAAAAUGCAAAGGAAGCACAGGAGGAAUGGACCGAAAGUCUGAAAAGUAAAUUCAAAAGAGAGCGUUAUCUACUUCAAGAAACAUAUGAAGAAGUCCAGAAAAUGAAAAUGAAAUGUGGCAAUACCUCGGGUCGUCCGAUCAAACGACGCACAAAUGAAGUUGCUCCCCGUCGUGAAGUGAAUAUAAUUUUUGAUGAAAUACAAUAUUUGUGUCGCGUCAAUAUUGACGAAAAUGUAACAACAAUGUUGCCAAAAUUAUUUCAAAAUAUGUCAGAUAAUUCGGGUUACGUUACUGAAUUACUAACUAUUCGUUUGAUUAAACUGUUGUCCAAACAUUUUACUGAUUCAUGGGAAUAUAUUCUGACUGAAAAAGAACCAUUGUCUCCUUGUCCAACUAUUCAAGUAAUAACUGAUAAAUUCAGAAUAUUUUUGGAUUAUGAACUAAUUACCGAGACAACAUCAGUGGAUCGUGCAUUGGCUGCCAUUAUUUCGUUAUACGUUGUGUUCGACUUGCAAUUCGGUGUUCAUAAUCGUACCAUACAUUUAUUGUAUGGAGUAUUAUUACAAGAACCAGCGGCAUUAACAAAACAAUUGAGAAAUUUAUUAAUAGAAUGGAAAUUCAAGAUUAAGCAUAAAGAACUACGACAAGCGGCAAUAUACAUUGGUGUUACCACAGAUCGUGUUGCCGAGCACCCAGUCGGAUCAUCGUCAUCGUUUACUACAACGCCACCCAUUGAUAAUCCAUCAGUCUUACCUCCUCCACUAACAACACAACAAUCGUCCUCAUCUUAUCGUCUUCCUUUAUCGCCUCUCGAUGGAAACGAGAAAAAAUAUGGAAAUCAACGUACAACUGCAACAGCAAAUACGAUUCGACACAGAAGAAGCAACGCUGGUUAGACCAGCAUUGAAAAAAAUCGUAAAUAACAUUAAAUUAUCCAUGUUCGAAGAACAAAAGCAAAAUAAUAAUAAAAAUGGACAAUCAGAAAAUCUGGCUGCAUCAGAUAAAGAUCCUGCCGCAGCCACAGCAAUGUUUUUUCAAAUGAUCAAGAGAACGUCAUUGGCCAAGAUGAAAUACUACCGACAACUACAAAAAAACAAAUGCCAACAACAAGGAAACGUCGUGGUAGCUCUUCUGUGCCAGUAUCAAAAACGUCAGAAUAUUUACGAGCUAAAAGGCCACGUCACUGACUUUGUUUCUUUUUUUCCGUCACUCUUUUUUGUGCCUUUGGUAAGGUGAUAUGUUUUUACAGUAGGCAGAGUCAGCUAAUUGUUUUGAUUAUUUUCUUUUUUACUCUCUUUGACAAUCCUUAUUCACACAUGUUUUUAUUAUAAUAAAUUCAAGACCAAAUAUACAAAAGGGAACUGUAUGAAAUCCAUACACAGAAUCCUUACAAAACCUCUACGGGUUCAUACGGAACCUUUUUCUGAAAGCAGAAAAAAAGGUAUCGUACAAAACCUUAUUCGUACAGAACCUAAAAAAGGUUUAGAAAUAGUUUCAAUUCUCGAAACCCUUUUUAAGUUCCGCACGGCACCUUUUUUUUGAGAGAACUUUCUAUUAUCUCAUUAACUUUACACGAAUUAUAGUUUCCAGCAAACCAU